GCGCGAGAACUUGCCGGGCGGCGCGGGUCGGGGCAUGAAGCCGGGCCGGGCUACGGUGGGCCUGCUGCUGCUGGCGCCGUUGGUGGUGCGGGCGCUGGAGCCCAUCAGCCUGGGACUGGCCCUGGCCGGCGUCCUCACCAGCUACAUCUCCUACCCGCGUCUCUAUUGCCUCUUUGCCGAGUGCUGCGGCCAGAAGCGGAGCCUCAGCCGAGAGGCGCUGCAGAAGGAUCUGGACACCAAGCUCUUUGGACAGCAUCUUGCAAAGAAAGUCAUCUUAAAUGCUGUGUCUGGUUUCAUAAGCAACCCGAAGCCCAAGAAACCUCUCACCCUCUCCCUACACGGGUGGACGGGCACUGGCAAAAAUUUUGUCAGCAAGAUCAUCGCGGAGAAUAUUUAUGAGGGUGGUCUGAACAGUGACUAUGUCCACUUGUUUGUGGCCACGCUGCAUUUUCCACAUGCCUCGAACAUCACUCUGUAUAAGGAUCAGUUACAGAUGUGGAUUCGGGGCAACGUGAGUGCCUGUGCGAGGUCCAUCUUCAUAUUUGACGAAAUGGAUAAGAUGCAUGCUGGCCUUAUAGAUGCCAUCAAACCUUUCCUCGACUACUAUGACCUGGUGGACGGGGUCUCGUACCAGAAAGCCAUCUUCAUAUUUCUCAGCAAUGCUGGAGCAGAACGGAUCACAGACGUGGCUUUAGAUUUCUGGAGGAAUGGAAGGCAGAGGGAAGAAAUCAAGCUCAAAGACAUGGAGCACGCCUUGUCCGUGUCAGUCUUCAAUAACAAGAACAGUGGCUUCUGGCACAGCAGCUUAAUUGACCGGAAUCUCAUUGAUUAUUUUGUUCCCUUCCUCCCCCUGGAGUACAAACACCUGAAAAUGUGCAUCCGUGUGGAAAUGCAGUCCCGGGGCUAUGAGGUCGAUGAGGACAUUGUGAGCAGAGUGGCUGAGGAGAUGACGUUUUUCCCCAAAGAGGAGAGAGUUUUCUCUGAUAAAGGCUGCAAAACUGUGUUCACUAAGUUGGAUUAUUACUACGAUGAUUGAUAGCCCAAGAGUCAUUGCUUUGAGUUGGUGAAGAAACUCAACACUCAGUCCUUUUCCAGGCCUCCGCCCCCAGCUUCUUUCCCCAGAAGAGGAGUAAAAUAAUGAAUGUUUCCUGUUUGAUGUGACAGGAAUCCUCCUGGGCAUCGGGACCACGGACACAGCCAUGCAGCCUCCCCAGCCUUCAGAGGAGGAAGUAGCUAGCUCCCAGCCCACUCAUGCCAGGGCUCAUGAAUUUUUUAAAAUUAUGUUUUAAUUUCAAGUGUUUCUGUUUCAAGGAAGGAUGCAUAAGUUUUACUAAAAAUGUGACUUUAUUUAAAAUGGUUUUUAACAUUAUGAGAAACCUCUCAGAUUCUAA